UUGCUCAGCAAGAAACGCGACUCGUGUUUUGUCCUUGAUAGAUACUCUCUUUUUCACUUCAUCAUUAUCAUGCACACAUGAACUAAACCAACUCGACUCACUGAGUUGAAGCUGUUUUUUUUUAUGUCGUCCACUUUCGGCGACAAAUCUCUCGUCUUCUUGAGAAAACGAUACCAAACAACGCCAUGACGACGAGCUCUCAACGGCGUCUCUGCGACUACUGCGACGACACGACGGCGGUGCUGUACUGCCGGGCGGACUCGGCGAAGCUCUGCUUCUCGUGUGACCGGGAAGUCCAUGGCACGAACCAGCUGUUCGCGAAGCACGCGCGGUCGCAGCUCUGCGACGCGUGCGACGACGCGCCGGCAUCCAUUUUCUGCACCGCGGAGAGCUCCGUUCUCUGCCAGAACUGCGACUGGGAGAGGCACAACGACACCGUUUCGGUGGUCCACCACAGGAGGCCUCUUGAGGGUUUCAAUGGCUGCCCUUCGGUGACGGAGCUUUUGGCGAUUCUGGGGUUUGAGGAUGUCGAUAAGAAGGGUCUGUUUUGGGCAGAGGAAAAUGGGUUUUUUGAUCGGUCUUCGGAUUUGUUGAUGUGGGAUGUUCCUUCGGUUGUUGGGCUUGAUGAUUUGAUUGUUUCGGAUUCGUCUCGGAGCUUCCAGGCUAUGGGGAUUCCUCCUCUGCCUAAGAAUCGAAAUGCUGUUUGUGGGCAACACAAGGAGGAAAUACUGAGUCAGCUCCGAGAACUGGCGAAGAAAGAACCCGACUCGUCGAAUUAUGAAAACGUGGAUUUGGAGUCCCUUUUGGGGUUUGAAGCCAUUGUGCCUGAUCCAGUGCAGCCAGGAAAAAUGUGCGUAGGUUCUCAUUGUGAAGCUGAGGAAGAGCCAAAUACAUUUUCAGCAUUUGAGGCUCGCACAUGUCAGUGGUGCAUCAAUUGUAGUAGUGAGAAUGUACAUCAAGAUGUUGUUCCUCAAACGUCAUCAACGAGCCGUCUUCAAGAAAGUUGUAGGGAUUCUGAGAAGCAUUCAGAUAUGAUGGGUGACAGUGUGAGUCAUGCUAAUGAUGCUCAUAAUCAACAUCCUGUUGAUUCCAACGCCUUGCCAGACUUCCCAAAAACAUUUCCAUGCGAAUUAACCAGCCAGGAAAGGGAGACCGCGAUUUCACGGUACAAGGAGAAGAGAAAAACAAGGAGGUAUGAAAAGCGCAUCAGAUAUGAAUCGCGGAAGGUCCGAGCAGAAAGCAGGACGAGGAUUAAAGGACGUUUCGCUAAGAUAGGUCAUUGAAAUUCUGGUACAAUCGACAGAUAUGACAAAGAUAUCAAGUAUGAAGAUACGUACGCGUUACAUGUACGACAGGGAUUUGGAGUAUCUUUUAGACAUCUGAUAUCUAGUUAGUUACGACGUGAAACAUUUUGUAUUGUAUAUAUAGUUGGUUAAAGUGUUCUGUUACAAAUAUGUUUUUUUCCGUUCAUUGUUGUUAGUUGUAAUUGUAAUAGCUUUUGAAGUAGAUUUGAGUGUGUCAGCAAAAUGUGAGCUAGAGAAAUCAUUGGAGAUAGAAAAUUUAGAUUAGACAC